AGAAAAAUUCAAAAAAAAACUUUGCAAUGAUUAUAAUAAUUUGGAUUUCCAUUAAAAAAAGAACCUCAAGAAAUUCUGAUGCUUUCUUCUCCAGUUUGUGUGGCAAUGAGAAAAUUAUAUAGAAUAGAAUAGACAGGCUAAAAAAGAAAGAGAAAAAGGAGCAAAUUUUUCAAUUUUUGUAAUGCCUAUGGUUACUGUGGAAGAGAGAGAAAACAGGAAACAGAGGCAGAAUGCUCGCCUUAACCAUUAAUUACUUUGAUUAAUACAGCUUAAUCUUCUUCUAUAAUUGGGUUUACAAACCAAACCCUUGCGGCGAGGUCACUCAGUAACGGAAAGGAACUGAUUCCCCCACCGCAACUCACCCACCCUUUUGCUUCUCCUGAUCAUUUUUUUUUUUAUUUUUUAGAAUUUGAUGAAUUAUUUUCACAUAUUCUCGAUUCCCAUCCAAAAUUAUUAUUAGGGUUUUCAAUUUUAAUUCUUUUAAAACAUUUAGGACUAUUGAUUCUUGUUUGCGUAUCCAAAGAGUGGUGGCUGGUGAGGGAUAUUCCAGAUUUCUACGUUAAUUUCCGUGUUGUUUUGACCUUUUUCAUCUUUUUAAUAUAUAUAUAUUCGUUUUUUUUAUUCUUUAUCGGUGUCUGAUUUCUUGUAAUUUUCUGGGGGAUUAUUAGGUUUUUUCGUGGCGGCUUCUUGAUCUUUUCCCUGUAAUUUGGAGAUUAGAUUAUUAGAUAGCAUUUUUAGUUAGUGGAUUUUGUGUGUUAAUGGUGGUAUGUGAGUGCUAUUAAUUAGUUAUGUUAAAGAAGCAAAGCACCUUCCGUUUGUUCUUUAACCAUUUAUCUACCCUAAAUCAUCACCGUCACUGCCAUCAUUAUAGAGCUCUGAUCAUGGCUUAUGUAACCCCUAACGAUUCUUUCUUCAAGGGAUUUCACAAUCUAACUCAGCCGGCUACGUCUUCCUCGUCAAUUGUUCCUUAUUCUAAGAUCAAUACUGUUUCCAUUGACAAUACUACUAGUGCUAUUUCUGGUUUUAGGAUAAACAGGGGCGGCGGUGUUGGAUUGACGCUGAGAGGCUGCUUUGACUCUCACGAAACCGGGAAUGAAAGGAGGCCUCGUGCAUUUGCCGCUCCCCACCAUCAACUAGUGCGUGAUCUCGAGACUCGACUGGAAGAUAGCAGCAGCAGCAGCAAUAGUGCUCGAUACAUAAAUGGUCACGGGACUUGUCAAGGUGGAAAGCUUUUUCGCUUCCCUGACUACCCUCUUACUGGAAAAAUUGCCGUGGCAGUUGAUGUUGAUGAGGUUCUUGGGAACUUUGUAUCGGCUUUGAACAGAUUUAUUGCUGAUCGGUACUCUUCCAAUCAUUCAGUAUCAGAGUACUAUGUUUACGAGUUCUCCAAGAUAUGGAACUGUUCCCGUGAUGAAGCCAAUGCUCGUGUCCAUGAGUUCUUUAAGACACCAUAUUUCAAAUCUGGGAUCUACCCAAUCCCUGGUGCUCAGCAGGCGCUUCAUAAGUUGUCAAGACUUUGUAAACUGUCUGUUGUAACGUCUCGGCAGAAUAUUAUCAAGGAUCACACAAUUGAGUGGAUAGAGAAGCACUAUCCAGGAGUAUUUCAAGAGAUACACUUUGGCAACCACUUUGCUCUGGAUGGAGAGUCCAGACCUAAGUCAGAAAUAUGCAGGUCCUUAGGUGCAACAGUGCUGAUUGAUGAUAACCCAAGAUAUGCCAUCGAAUGUGCUCAAGUUGGAAUCAGGGUUCUGCUUUUUGAUUAUGAGAACUCAUAUCCUUGGAGCAAGAGUGAUUCAGUUCAUCAGCAUCCCUUGGUCUCUAUAGUUCAUAACUGGGAACAAGUAGAGGAACGACUAAUUUCGUUGAUUUCUUAGUUUUAAAUGAUUUCAGAACAAUUCGCAAAAGUAUCAUCUAUUCGUUGAUAUGCUAUAAUUGAUUCUUAUGCCUGGAACAUUGAAAUGCAUGCUGCCGACGAAGCUGACCUUAUGGUGUAGACUGUAGAGGCUUUUGGGAAUACAACUGUAAGGAGACCAGCGAAAUAAGCUUCUGGUGAAUGAGCAAUAGCAGCAUCUGAAUUAUAGUAUUAGUAGUGAAGUGACGAUCUUGUAUAUUUUUCUUACUUUUGAGGCAUGUUGAGGAGAUCUAGGACACUAAAUUGCCAAUGGACAGAAUACCAUGUGGCCCUUCCUUUUUUAUUUUAUUUUAUUUUAAUUUAUUUAUUUUUCCUUUGGGAAGUUAUGUCAUGCUCGUAUCCUCCAAAAGCUUUUUGUUCUGGUCAUAGAUUUUAAGGGUAUGGUCAGGAAUUGAUAUUGUUACGUUAUGCCUGGAUUUAUCAAGUUAGAAAUAGAAAGAGUACUAGCUGUGAAA